CGGUGGCGGCCAUCUUGAUUGUGGGCAACCAGGGGAAGCUGCGCCUGCGCGUUGGUUCUCCUCUGCCUGCGGUGGCGUCGGUGUUCCUGAGCACCGCUUAUCUAGUGGUGGUCGGCAGUGGCAGAGAUGACCCAAGCCGAGAAGGGGGACACGGAGAACGGGAAGGAGAAGGGCGGGGAGAAGGAGAAGGAGCAGCGCGGCGUGAAGCGGCCCAUCGUGCCCGCACUGGUGCCCGAGUCGCUGCAGGAGCAAAUCCAGAGCAACUUCAUCGUUGUCAUACACCCAGGUUCAACAACUUUAAGAAUCGGCCGUGCCACAGAUACGCUUCCGGCCAGCAUUCCUCAUGUCAUUGCACGAAGACACAAGCAACAGGGGCAGCCCCUGUACAAGGACAACUGGCUCCUAAGGGAAGGACUAAAUAAACCUGAAAGUAAUGAACAAAGACAAAAUGGCCUUAAAAUGGUGGACCAGGCAAUAUGGUCUAAGAAGAUGUCAAACGGUACAAGGAGGAUCCCCGUGUCACCAGAACAGACACGGUCCUACAACAAGCAGAUGCGACCUGCCAUUCUAGAUCACUGUUCUGGAAAUAAAUGGACAAACACAUCUCAGCAGCCUGAGUAUUUGGUAGGAGAAGAGGCCUUGUAUGUUAACCCACUGGACUGUUACAACAUUCACUGGCCUAUCAGAAGGGGUCAGCUGAAUAUCCACCCAGGCCCUGGAGGCUCCCUAACAGCUGUUCUGGCAGAUAUUGAAGUGAUAUGGUCUCAUGCAAUACAAAAGUAUUUGGAAAUCCCAUUGAAAGAUUUAAAGUAUUACAGGUGCAUCUUGUUAAUCCCAGAUAUCUAUAACAAACAGCAUGUGAAGGAGCUGGUCCAUAUGAUCCUAAUGAAGAUGGGCUUCGCAGGGAUUGUGGUCCAUCAGGAGUCUGUGUGUGCUACGUUUGGAAGUGGCUUAAGCAGCACCUGUGUUGUAGAUGUUGGGGACCAGAAAACAAGUGUGUGCUGUGUAGAAGAUGGGGUGUCUCAUCGGAACACACGGCUUUGUCUGGCAUAUGGGGGCUCUGAUGUGUCAAGGUGUUUUUACUGGCUCAUGCAGCGAGCGGGGUUCCCUUACAGAGAGUGUCAGUUAACAAAUAAAAUGGAUUGCCUCCUCUUGCAGCACCUUAAAGAAACCUUUUGUCAUUUAGAUCAGGACAUCUCCGGGCUUCAGGACCAUGAGUUUCAGAUUCGGCACCCGGAUUCCCCUGCCCUGCUUUACCAGUUUCGAUUGGGAGAUGAAAAGCUCCAGGCUCCCAUGGCGCUGUUUUACCCAGCAACCUUUGGGAUCGUCGGACAGAAAAUGACAACUUUGCAGCACAGGUCCCAGGGGGAUCCUGAGGAUCCGCAUGAUGAACACUACCUGCUGGCCACCCAGAGCAAGCAGGAGCAGUCUGCAAAAGCCACUGCUGACCGCAAGUCUGCAUCCAAACCCAUUGGAUUUGAAGGGGAUCUCCGUGGCCAGUCCUCUGACCUUCCAGAAAGACUCCAUUCCCAGGAGGUGGAUUUGGCUUCUUCACAGGGAGACUGUUUGAUGGCCGGCAAUGAGUCCGAGGAAGCCCUCACUGCACUGAUGUCCAGGAAAACUGCCAUCUCACUGUUUGAGGGGAAAGCCUUGGGCCUUGAUAAGGCCAUCCUGCACAGCGUAGACUGUUGCUCAUCUGAUGAUACCAAAAAGAAGAUGUAUAGCUCUAUCCUGGUUGUGGGAGGCGGUUUGAUGUUUCAUAAAGCUCAAGAGUUUCUCCAGCACAGAAUUCUCAACAAAAUGCCACCUUCAUUCAGGCGAAUUAUUGAAAAUGUGGAUGUGAUCACAAGGCCCAAGGACAUGGAUCCCCGGCUGAUUGCAUGGAAAGGAGGUGCAGUAUUGGCAUGUUUGGACACCACUCAGGAACUGUGGAUUUAUCAGCGAGAAUGGCAACGCUUUGGUGUCCGAAUGUUACGGGAACGAGCUGCCUUUGUGUGGUGAAAACCACGACCAAGUCUCUGGACAUAAAGACUUAAAGAGUUUUAGUAGACACUGUGACUGAUGCAAACUUACCAUCUGCCCGGAGUAUCCAGCUUAUGUUCAUCAAAAUUGAAAACUCCUCUGUCGCAACACUUGACUUGACAAGUUCCACUUGGAGGUGCCUCAAGUCUCCCGGAGUGAGUGUGUGUUGGACCAUCCACUCUGGAGAUGGCCCUGGGAGGAGGCAAGGAGACUUAAUAUGACACUCCUGUUUCAAGCCCAGUCAGAAGUUACUUCCUCCAAGUGAUCUCUCCUGUUCGACCACCUGUUCACAACUCACUUCUGCUGAGGAGAGCCAAACUCCUGGAUACUGGCAGGCUUAAGCACCUGAAUAAAUUCUCUCAGCUUCAUGGUCCCAAACUACACAGCACAGUGUGUUCCAGGGGUGUGUGUGGUGUUUGACUUGUUUACUAAUGCCAGUCCUCCUUUCUCCAAGCCUCACCCAGGACUCCAGCCAGCUAGCCCACACUAUGUAUGACAGCUCUCCCUUAACCCCCCACCUUUGCCACCACUGAGCCUUCCAGCUCAUUCUCCCUCAUCACGUUCUUGGACAAAAACCCACCCAUUCUUCAAAGGCUACCAUGUCAGGUACCUAUGUGUAAAACAUUUGCUGCCUACUCCCAAUGGUGGUGUCCCCCCCUUGCACCCUAAUCUCUGUCCCUCUGUGGGGUGGCAGGUACUGUUUCCAACUUAGCAUGGCGAGUCCCACUCUGUCUGUGUGCUAAUUCAUCAGGAGGCCAGCCCAUUUCAAACACAUCCUUACUCCCCAAAUUCCACCUUGAGAACCUCACUACCGUUAGUUAACAAGGCAACACACCAUGCGGUGCCUGGUCUCCCGUGACCUCUCCAGUUCUCUAAUGCACCCACCUGCCUCAGAGCCACACUGAAUAGUCUGCAGGGAAGAAAGAAACCAAAUGUCAUGUUGAAGUCAGUAAACUACAAUGCUUACUUUACCAAAUUAGGCAAAGCAUCUUUUUCUUUUAGAUGCGUACACAAGUAACAAGUUUUCAAAGGAAAGAUGAGCUGGGAGCUGUUCAGUUAGGAUAGCGUGUUGUCCUUACGGAGGACCUGCAUGUAGGUUUCAGCUAACACAUCGGACAACUCACAACUGCCUGUAACUCCAGCUCCAGAAUUCAAUGUCUCUGGUUUCUGAGGGCGAGGGUAUGUGUGUGUGUGCAUGCACAUACACACAAUUAAAAAUAAAAUUCUUUCAAUUUUUU